GUUGGUGGAGAAAAUUACACAAUGCAAAUCUGGGAUACCGCAGGUCAGGAAAGGUUCAAAUCUCUCCGAACACCAUUUUACAGAGGAGCUGAUAUUUGCUUGUUAACUUUUGCAGUUGAUGACCGAAAAAGCUUUGAGAACCUACCAAUGUGGAAGCGGGAGUUUCUUUAUUAUGCCGACAUCAAAGAGGGAUCUCCCUUCCCAUUUAUAAUCAUUGGAAAUAAGGUGGAUGUGCCGAACAGGGAGGUAGCAGAAGACAUGGCUCGGACCUGGUGCGCUCGAAACGGGAACAUGCCAUAUUUUGAGACUAGCGCGAAAGAUUCCACAAAUGUAGAAAAGGCUUUUAUUUCUGCUGUCUCCUGGCUACGAGAUAUGGAGGACCAGUUAGAUAUCCGGCCAGUGCAAACAAACUCUGUCGAUUUGAGCGAACGAUCCAAAUCUUCCAAUUCUGGUUGCUGUAGUUAA